AGGGCGGUGUGUGGAGACGUAAGGAGGAGAAAAAACCUAGUAAACCUGACAAAGCGUCUGAGAAACAGUGUGAGGACUGUCGGCGAAAGACGAAAGAGAAGGAGACGCGAAAGACGCUCUUUUCACCGUGGGGAACGCACAUUGAUGGAUUUUAUGACAUUUUGGCAUCGGACAGCCACCGUCUUGCACCUAUCAAACAUCGCCCCGCGUCCGUAGUAGCUGCAAACUUUCUAUUUAGUUGACAAGUGCGCUGCUCUUGAGCAUUGGGCAUGUUUUGCGCCCUAGAAGAAACUUGGUGACGGGGAGGAAAGUUUCUGGGGGAGACAGCGAUAUGGUUUUCCGAGCUGUUUUCGAGGGAUAACGCGUGUAAACUCGGAUUUCUUUGCAUGGCACCGGGCUACGCUGCAAGUCGAGUUUGGAAUAUAUCCUCUGAUCUGAGUUGAUGCCGGCUGAUCGUGGAAUAGUAAACUGAAAAGAAGGCAGCGCCUCUCAGAUUUUUUUUUUUUUUUUGUCCUGCAUUGUGGUGUUGGAGACAUUCCUCCCUCUGGAUUGUGGAUUCUCAUGCUCUCUCCUCCCUUAUCUGUUCAUGCCAAAACAGAGAUCUCCAUGAUUUUAGUCCUCCCUGCCCAGGUGAUUGGGUGAAUUCCAGUGAGUGACAGGCCAGCCAAGCAGCAGUUGAUGGUUGGGCCGACCCCCUCAGAUGGGAUCAGUGUCCAGGGGGAGGUGGAGAAGGGGGGUAUGGGGAGCGCUGUCCCCCACUAACGGGAUGGCCUCGUGGGCCUGGCUGCUGGCCGCUGUCCUGCUGUCCCUUCUGACUGUCAGCGUGGCCCGGCCGCCCCUCACCGCCACCAAGGAGGAGGAGGCCACUCUGGAACCUGAAGAGGCAUCGAACAAAUACCAUAUUUCUAAGCCCACGGUGUGCUCAGUGCACCCGGGGGAGGUGCUGAAGCUGAACUGCCCUCUGCCGGCGACAGGGACCAUCACCUGGACCAAAGACGGCAGCUCUCUGGGCACCAACAACCGCACGCUGAUAGAGCAGGAGGUGCUGCAGAUCCGUGAUGCCACGCCCAAGGAUUCGGGCCUCUAUGCCUGCACCGGCGUGGGCAAAGACACGGUCUGCUUCAUAGUCAAUGUCACAGAUGCCAUCUCGUCGGGGGAUGACGAGGACGAUACAGAGCGGACGGAGGACUCUGGGGCGGACGGAGAGCAGAUAAGCGCUCCGUAUUGGACCACGCCAGCAAAGAUGGAGAAGAAGCUGCAUGCGGUGCCAGCUGCCAACACAGUCAAGUUCCGCUGUGCUGCAGGAGGCAAACCCGACCCCAAGCUGCGCUGGCUUAAAAACAGCAAGCCUUUCCGCCAAGAGGACCGCAUGGGAGGCUAUAAGGUGCGCAGCCAGCACUGGACCCUGAUCAUGGAGAGCGUGGUGCCGUCGGACAAGGGCAACUACACCUGCGUGGUGGAGAACGAGUACGGAUCCAUCAACCACACCUACACCCUGGAUGUAGUAGAACGGUCCCCUCACAGGCCCAUUCUCCAGGCCGGCCUCCCGGCCAACACCACCGUGCACGUCGGCGAGGACGCCCGCUUCGUCUGCAAGGUCUACAGCGACGCGCAGCCUCACAUCCAGUGGCUGAAACAUAUCACGCAGAACGGCAGUCGCAACGGCUCCGAUGGACACCCCUACGUCAGAGUGUUGAAGACCGCAGGUGUUAACACCACAGAUAAGGAGAUAGAAGUUCUCUACUUGCCCAAUGUAACAUUUGAAGAUGCUGGGGAGUAUACGUGCUUGGCGGGUAAUUCUAUUGGGAUCUCCUAUCACACUGCUUGGUUGACGGUGCUUCCAGCCUUGGAGAAAUCCCCGGGGCCAGUUUCCCCGUUCUACAUGGAGAUCGCCAUAUACAGCACGGGCGUCUUCCUCAUCGCCUGCAUGGUGGGCAUCGUAGUGGUGUGCCGCAUGAGGAACACGGCAAAGAAGCCAGACUUCGGGGGACAGCCGGCGGUCCACAAACUGAGCAAGCAGAUCCCUCUGCGCCGCCAGGUAACAGUGUCGGCAGACUCGAGCUCUUCCAUGAACUCUAGUACGCCGCUGGUACGCAUCACGACGCGGCGGAGCUCUGCACACGAUGAGCCCAUCCCCGAGUACGACCUUCCAGAGGAUCCACGGUGGGAGUUUUCCCGAGACAGGUUGACCCUGGGCAAACCCCUAGGUGAAGGCUGUUUCGGCCAAGUUGUAAUGGCAGAGGCCCUGGGCAUCGAUAAGGACAAACCCAAGGAGGCUGUAACUGUUGCGGUCAAGAUGCUGAAAGAUGACGCCACCGAGAAAGACCUGUCUGACCUGGUGUCAGAGAUGGAGAUGAUGAAGAUGAUCGGCAAACAUAAGAACAUCAUUAACCUUUUGGGGGCCUGUACACAAGACGGUCCCCUCUAUGUGAUAGUGGAGUACGCCUCCAAAGGCAACCUUAGGGAGUACCUCAGAGCCCGCCGGCCGCCCGGCAUGGAAUACUCCUAUGACAUCGCCCGUGUCUCAGACGAACAACUCACGUUCAAAGAUCUGGUCUCCUGCACUUACCAGGUGGCGCGGGGCAUGGAGUACCUAGCAUCUCAGAAGUGCAUACACAGAGACCUGGCAGCCAGAAACGUCCUGGUCACAGAGAGCAACUUCAUGAAGAUCGCUGACUUCGGGCUGGCCAGGGACGUCCACAACAUCGACUACUAUAAAAAGACGACUAAUGGUCGUCUCCCGGUAAAAUGGAUGGCUCCAGAGGCGCUCUUCGACCGGGUCUACACGCACCAGAGUGAUGUCUGGUCAUUUGGGGUGCUGAUGUGGGAGAUCUUCACCCUAGGGGGCUCGCCCUACCCCGGUAUUCCUGUUGAAGAGCUCUUCAAGUUGCUCAAAGAGGGCCAUCGCAUGGACAAACCCGGCAACUGCACCAACGAGCUGUACAUGAUGAUGAAAGACUGCUGGCACGCCAUCUCAUCCCAGAGACCCACCUUCAAGCAGCUCGUGGAGGACCUGGAUCGCAUCCUCACCCUGAACACCAACGAGGAGUAUCUGGAUCUAUGCGCCCCGGCGGAGCAGUAUUCCCCCAGCUUUCCGGACACUCGUAGCUCCUGCUCCUCCGGCGACGACUCUGUGUUUUCCCACGACCCGCUACCGGACGAGCCGUGCCUCCCCAAGUACCAGCACAUCAACGGAAAUGUCAAAACAUGAGCCCGCACCCACCCCCUCGACACCCUUUAGCGUGUCCCAGAACACAGGUAGCACAGACGACCUUCGCCGACAUCCUCCCAACUUCCUGCCCCCCCAUCGCCCCCUCUGGCUCCCAGUGGACUAACGGACCCAGACGGGACUGGGCUGGUGGCAGCGCUGCUGUCACACACUCACACUGCCAUGCACUCACACUACACACACUCACAUGAGGUCUUAAAGGAGAGGACAGGGACCAUAAAGAAGCUAUUUUGUAUUGACUGAAUGAACUGACAUUUCCCGGGGAUCCUCCGACUCUCCGAAAAAACACAGAUUUUUUUUUUUAUUCUGGUUCUCAUGUUUGUUGCCUUGCAAUCAACGAUAGUUGUUGGGUGAUCCAAUUCCAGAGGCUGGCAUUCCAAGACUGUUCUUUGCUCCUGGAGGAAUGUAUGGACUGACGUGAACUCUAGAAACAAGGGAUUAGAAGAGGAUGACAAAUAGGAAAAUGGACUAAGCGACAGAGCUUCGACUAACAAAACAGAGGAAUAAGAGGAGAGCAAAUGAAAAAAAAAAAUGAAAUUCUCUCCUGUUUAUUUUGUAAUAUUGAUGGAUUUCUUUUUUCAGUUCUCUUGAUAAACCUUCCCAAUUAUUCUGGAGAAAGACAAAUACACAGUGUAAUGUAUAGUGCUGGGUAUCUUUGUAAAUAUAUUCAAAUAUGUAUAAAAAAUAUAUUAUAUAUUUACAAUGAAUUAUUUUUUGUAUGGACUCGGAAAUAACCCCCAAUCCUCCCACACCCUUCGUUGAGUUUUAGGCAGUUUAUGCUAACAGGUUACGUGUCCUAUUACUCUCUUCACACAGACACACACACACACACAAAUUCAGACACUUUAAUACACACAAACACCUGUCUUACUCUCACUCAAUAACACAGCUGAGUAUUGGCUUUCAGGGAACAGUAGUAUGGUAAUUUAUUGACUUACGUUUUUUUGUUUUUGUUUUGUUUUUUAAUGAAUCAAAAAGAAUAAAAACAAUGUGGCAGAAAUUAUGACAUUAAUGAUGUUAAUAAUACAUGAAUAAUCCAUUAAAUGUAUCGUAAUUUAAAAAGGAUCUUUCAGCAGUAACAGAAGAAAACUAUUUUUAGUAGGUUUGAGAGAUCCGGGUUUUGUAAGUUUUAUAUAUGAAUGUGAAUAUUAAGUUAAAUUUUAAAUUACUGUACAUUUUAUAGUCAGCUAAUCCCUCUCCUUAGGUAGACGUUGAUGCCAUUUCUAUCCGGUCAUUUUACUCUUUCUUAGCUCUGCUUUAGGAAAUGAGACUGAUUUCUGGAUAUUUAUAUAUCACUAAAAAGAGUUAAGAAUUUGGAAAUACCUAGCGACACGCUCCUUCAUUUAGGCU